ACGGCGUGGUGGAAACUUGAGGGUGCCUGGUUCGAUCCCCGCCUCUACCAUCCAAGUCACUGCGGCUGUGUUCUUGAGCAAGACACUUCACCCUUGCUACCAGUGCCGCUCCCAGUGGUGUAUAAAUGUGUAUGAAUGUUUGGGAGCAAACUGGCAGCUGUGGUUACAAAUGUAGCUUACCACCCCCUAUGUGUGAAUGUGGAGUGAAUGAAUGAGGAGUUCUCACUUCUCUGUGCACUCUUUGAAUGUCUUGUGUAUAGAAAAGCGCUAUAUAAAUCUAAUCCAAUAUUAUUAUUAUUAAUUGUUGUCAAAACAAAUACUAAAUGUUAGGCCUAAGCGCAGAAGAGAUAAUUAUUCAGAUUAAAGUGGUCAUAUUAUAAAUCUUUUUUUUUACAUUUAAAACACUUCAUUGUGGUCCACAUAAAAUGUAAUGGUCACAAUUUUACAUAGAUUAUGUUUUACAGAUCAUUUUCAAGCUGCUUUCUGACCCGCGUCAUUUUGUGAGCCGUUUUAUUUACGUGCUUCCACUUUAACUGCGUCUUCUCCCCGCCGUCCACGUUGUAGUUCUUAGCACUUCCACAUGGAGUCUACUGAGAGAAAUAAGUAAGAACUAUAUUCUACUUUUUAUUUGAAAUGGCAACAAUGGAAGAUUUUAGCAUGCGUUUGCCCCACAACAAGAGGAUAGUGACAAAUAUGACUUACUGACUACUUCAGGUACACCUCCACCUAAUAUGGAGAUAUCUGCUGAUGUCCCUCAGGAAAAAUACAACAAAAUUGUCUCAAAUUCCAAACAGCUCCUUUGGAGCAAGUUUGGAAAAAGGCAAGAUUGUUUUAUAAAUGUAUCUGCCAUGCCAUGGUUUGAUUUCACAUUAAGAUUUGCAUACUUGUGCAGAUCCCAAAUACACAAAACGGGUACCAAAAGGUAAGAAAGGUUGGUUUUACAUAAUAGUUUCCCUUUAAGACUUAAUUAAACUAAAGUGUGCAACUUUGUGCAUUAAUUAUUGAUGAACUAAUGAGAUCUGUACUUGUUAGAGCACAAGUGGAAAAAGUGCCAAAUAAGCUAGAAAAAAUUAUAAUUAGUGCUAAACACGUCUAAUUUCACUCACCAGUCUUUUUUUUUUUUUUUUACUUCUUCACUGCAAUUAAUUAUUAAUAGAUGAUCCCUACCAUUUCAUUCUGGACUCAGUCAUCUCUUGUUUUAAAAUAGACUCACUCUCGUUGGGCCCAACCCUAAAUAACUUCCAUUCUGGUCUGACUGACCCCCAGCAGCACACCCUCGCCAAGCAGAACAUUUUGAUAUUUGAAGAGCAGCUGCUACUGUCUGGCUCCUUUUUGCUUUUGCUUUUUACAAAACUGCUCAUUCACUCUUGUGGAAAUAUUUGCAUUCCAGGACAUACAGAACUAAGAAGUUGGUUCCAUCACGAAAAGGGACAUUUUUCAUCCCUUGUACAGGAGGGCUAUACAAGGCAGAGACACGUGGAGCGUGAUGACGAAAGUGCGCCAUCCCAGGUAAACCUUUGACAACAUGAAGACAUCAAUGACAGUACAGGUACAGUUUUAAGGAGCACUGUGCUCAUUUAAAGGCAUGAAACGCUCAAGUGGACAAGUCUGAGUCAACAUAAAGGAAUUCUUCAUUGGAGGAACCUUUGAAGAACUUUGAUAGGAAACUAGUCUGGAUAGAAUCAUCAAAGGAACCUUUACAGAACUUUGACAAGAAACUAGUCUGGAUAGAAUCAUCAGAGGAACCUUUAAAGAACUUUGACAAGAAAUUAGUCUGGAUAGAGUCAUUGGAGGAACCUUUAAAGAACUUUGACAAUAAACUAGUCUGGAUAGAGUCAUCAGAGGAACCUUUACAGAACUUUGACAAUAAACUAGUCUGGAUAGAGUCAUUGGAGGAACUUUUAAAUAACUUUUAUAAGAAAUUGAUCAGAUAGGAUCAUCAUAGAAGUCUUUAAAUAACUUUGAUAAGAAAUUAGUCUGGAUAGAAUCAUCAGAGGAACCUUAAAGAACUUUGAUAAGAAACUAGUCUGGAUAGUCAUCGGAGGAACCUUUUAAAGAACUUUUGUAAGAAACUAGUCCGGAUAGAGUCAACAGAGAAACCUUAAAGAACUUUGAUGAGAAACUAGUCUGGAUAGAGUCAUUGGAGGAACCUUUAAAGAACUUUGACAAGAAACUAGUCUGGAUAGAGUCAGCAGAGGAACCUUUACAGAACUUUUAUAAGAAACAAAUAGGAUCAUCAUAGAAACCUUUAAAUAACUUUGAUAAGAAACUAGUCUGGAUAGAAUCAUAAAACGAACCUUAAAGAACUUUGACAAGGAACUAGUCUGGACAGAAUCAUCAGAGGAACCUUAAAGAACUUUGAUAAGAAACUGGUCUGGAUAGUCAUCGGAGGAACCUUUUAAAGAACUUUUAUAAGAAACUAGUCCGGAUAGAGUCAUCAGAGAAACCUUAUAGAACUUUGAUAAGAAACUAGUCUAGAUAGAAUCAUCGGAGGAACCUUCAGAGAACUUUGACAAGAAACUAGUCUGGAUAGAGUCAUUGGAGGAAGCUUUGAAUACCUUUUAUAAGAAAUUGAUCAGAUAGGAUCAUCAUAGAAAUAUUUAAAUAACUUUAAUAAGAAACUAGUCUGGAUAGAAUCAUCAGAGGAACCUUAAAGAACUUUGAUAAGAAACUAGUCUAGAUAGAAUCAUCAAAGGAACCUUUAAAGAACUUUUCUAAGAAACUGACCAGAUGGGAUCAUCAUAGAAACCUUUAAAUCAUUUUGAUAAGAAACUAGUCUGGAUAGAAUCAUCGAAAGAAACCUUUGAAUAACUUUGAUAGAAAACAAGGCUUUAAGAUCUCACUCUCGCAACAAUGGAUUCUCAAGGUGGUCCGUACCUAAACAGGAGGGCACUCCUGUCACCUCUUGGCGCUGCUCGCCUUUGUCAGCUGGCAACGGGCUGUGCUGUGAUCGCCAUGGUAACGCACAGUGCCGGAUACAGCGGUUCACAUGGUGUGUUCUGCAUGGCCGUGUGGUGCUUCUGCUUUGCCAUGACCGUCCUGGUCUUCUUCUUGGACGCCACUCGUCUCUACAGCUGCCUGCCGAUAUCCUGGGACAACCUGACCGUCACCUGUGCCGCCACUGCAGCGCUCAUGUACGUGACAGCCUCUGUGGUCUAUCCGCUCUUCUUCAUCCAAUCAGAGUGUCCCUACGCCGGCUGCGACAUCCGAAACUACCGCAUAGCCGUCACCGUCUGCUCCAUCCUGGGAACACUGGCCUACGGGGCUGAGGUGGCCUUGUGCCGAGCUAGGCCGGGCCAGGCCGUGGUGGGCUACAUGGCCACGGUGUCCGGGCUCCUCAAGGUGGUCCAAGGCUUUGUGGCCUGCGUCAUCUUUGGUGCUUUGGCCAACGGGGGCCAGUAUUCCCGCUACGCCGCCACCAUCUACUGCGUGGUGGUCUACGCCUUCUGCUUCUCUCUGACUACGAUGGUGGUCGUCACAACGGUUUGUGGACGCACCAAGUCUGUGCGCUGUAUGUCCUUUGAUCGCUUCGUGGUGGUGUGCACCUUGCUGGAGGUUCUUUUAUACAUGAGUGCUUCAGUGGUGUGGCCUGUUUACUGUUUCGACAACAAAUAUGGCUCCCCUUGGCGCCCAUCGUCAUGUCCUCAUGGGAAAUGUCCGUGGGACAGUAAAGUUGUGGUGGCCGUUUUCUCCUUAGCCAACUUCCUGCUCUACAUGGCAGACCUCAUCUACUCUCAGAGGACAUGCUUCAUCUCAUCACGUUUGUCCACCAACUCACGGGCGUAGCGUUCAUGAUUAUUAGAUAUGAUCAUUCCAUGUGAUUGUUGAUAUGAUUGUUCACCGUGAUUAUUAGAUACUGUCUGCUUCACUACUUGGAUUCAUGUGACAGACAUAUUUACGAAUUUCAUCUCCAAAUGGACUUUCUUGAAAACACUGAAAUGUGUCAGUGGACGAAUGUCAUGUACUUAGACCACUGGAAAGUUCAAAAUGUUCUACCUCAGACAAAGAAAAGCAACAUGAAAACACAAAGUUUGAGUUUUUAAUUAUUCAUGUACAAUAACUUGACCAAGAUGCACUAAUAAUUAUAACUAGAAAAUUCCCGCGGAAAUUUUG